CAGCAGCAUGGGGAAGCAGAACAGCAAACUGCGCCCCGAGAUGCUCCAGGACCUGCGGGAAAACACCGAGUUCUCCGACCUGGAGCUGCAGGGCUGGUACAAGGGCUUCCUGAAGGACUGUCCCUCGGGCAUCCUCAACGUGGAGGAGUUCAAGAAGAUCUACGCCAACUUCUUCCCCUACGGCGACGCCUCCAAGUUUGCUGAGCACGUCUUCCGCACCUUCGACACCAACGGCGACGGCACCAUCGACUUCCGAGAGUUCAUCAUUGCGCUGAGCGUCACCUCCCGUGGGAAGCUGGAGCAGAAGCUCAUGUGGGCCUUCAGCAUGUACGACCUGGAUGGCAACGGCUACAUCAGCCGGGAGGAGAUGCUGGAGAUCGUGCAGGCCAUCUACAAAAUGGUCUCCUCCGUCAUGAAUAUGCCCGAAGAUGAAUCGACUCCGGAGAAAAGAACGGAAAAAAUCUUCCGACAGAUGGAUACUAAUAACGAUGGCAAACUGUCCCUGGAGGAGUUCAUCAAAGGUGCCAAGAGCGAUCCGUCCAUCGUGCGCCUGCUGCAGUGUGACCCCAGCGGUGCCGGGCAGCUCUGA